AUGGUCGACGUGCAAAGCAGAGUCAUCGUGCCGCGGGAAGCUGUGAGCCAGUAUGUUUCGGGGCUGCAGUUUCAGCACCAGCAGCAACAGGCUGUGGCACGAUUCCGAGGUGAGGGCAGCAGGCAGGAGAUGGCGGAUGAGGGCGAGGACGAGGGCAGGUACUAAUAGGUGUGCAGCAAACGACCGAAGCGGCCUAGGCGUGCCAGGAUCUCGGCAAGAGCCGUGCGGGCAGGGCCGGAUGCCGCGACUUUUCGCAGGCAAUCGCGCUCAGCCCUCAACCGUGAUCAGGCGUGAGUAGUCAAGACUUGGCAUCUCAUCUUCCUGCCUGUGCCGUUCCCGCAGACCGAGAGACUGACAGCCAAGCAGACACGAGCAGACAGGCUGCAGGUGCUCGCCAGAGCGUGGCCACCCCGGAUACAAAUAACACGUACGGCAGUGAGGCUGUGCCCUCUUACGACACCGCGACCGCGACCGCGACCGCGACCGCGACCAGCUGCACCGCGACUUCCGGGCGCAUCGCUGAUUCUGCUACUAGUACUGGUUGGCUGCCUCAGGAAUCUUCUUCGCCGGCCUUGGGCUCCUACUUCCACCCAUCACAUACCACUUGGCCUGCGAACGUGUCGGCGCCUGGGCUCUUGUACGAUCCGUCGCCGUCGCCACACACCUCGCGCAACCCACCCAGCAUAAGAGUCAUCACCGCCUGGGACGGGUCCGGUGACCAAGAUUUCCCACAGCCUCAGGACGCGCCCUUUUCCGCGUCAUCUGCCUCACCUUUGCCACACGACUACGCUCCGUAUAACAGCGAUUUUUACGACUCUGGCCAUUUGGGGCCCCUACCGUACCAGAUGCCGCAAGAAUCAGAGAACAUGCAGACUCCCGUUUCGCCGGUGAGCGCGACCGCGAAUUCGCCCCAGGAUCAAUCCAUGGGCGAGCCGCAAUUACAGCAAUUUCCCACGCGGAAGCGAUCCCACUCUGUCAUGUCGCAGGCCGAUGCAGCGGCACUCAUGGACAACACGCAUCACAGUAGAUCUGGAUCCGUCGCGUCUGUGACUGCUGGCUCUCCGAACGAUCCGACUGACGACUAUCCUCGAGGCUCGCGAGCAUUCAAGCGCGGAGAGCCGCCCCAGAAUUCGGAGAACAAAUUCAUUUGCACAUUUUCUGAUGAGUGCCAAGGUCAGACAUUCGACAGAAAGUGCGAAUGGAGGUGAGUAAUUCUAGGCAAUUCUGAUUUGGCUGACGCAGCUGGCUAACACACGAACAGCAAGCACAUGGACAAGCAUGACCGUCCGUACCGCUGUCCACAUCCGUCAUGCGCGAAGCUGCAAGGCUUCACAUAUUCCGGUGGGCUUCUUCGACACGAGCGAGAAGUACAUGGCAAGCAUGGCGGGCCCAAGACUCAAAUGAUGUGUCCGCACCCAGAGUGCAAACGGCAUACCGGCAAGGGCUUCACACGCAAGGAAAACCUGAACGAGCACCUGAGGCGGGUGCACGCGAGCAAGGAGGACGAGUCACAGCAAUCGCUUCUCGGGCAGUCAACGACAGACAUCACUCUCGGAGCGCCCGAUGGGGAAACACAUGCGUCGCACAUAUCUGAAGCCGUGGAUCACGAACUCGCUCCCACCUCGGGCCCUCCUACGAAGAGGAAGCGUUCAUUACCACCAAGUGUAGAAGAUGGUCUCGGCGAGGAUCCGGCGGACAUGGCUCAGCGGGAAAUCAAACACCUGCGCGAGCUCCUCGCGCAGAAGGAUCAAACGAUUAACAAUCUGCACGCGGAUGUGAUGGCGCUGGAAGCGCAGACACAACAACUGCAGGCACAGCUCCUGCAAGCACAGCAUCAGCAGCCGGCCACCCAAGGAUAA